AUGUCGCAGCAGUUGGAAUUGGUUCUGGAGACCUGGGACAAGGACCUGGGUCCAGUCGAGCCCAGUCACAGUGCAGUGGUUUGCCGGAGUCUCGCCGACCUUCAAGAUUAUGAUUCGCCAAGCGCGCCCGCAGCUCUGUUGAAGUGCUGCAUCCUUUGUUGCGGCAUCGUGUCCUUAGGGACGGGCACACCACUGCAGCAGCAGCUGCGAAGUGCGGGAGGUGGCCUGCGGCUCGCAACCUGGAGUUCAUUACCACAGGGAAGUGGCCUGGGCAGCUCUUCCGUUCUGGCGGCCGCGGCGGUGAAGGCCUUGAUGGCAGCUUUCGGUUUGGACAUGGAUGCGGAAUCUCUCAUCCAUGCCGUUCAGAAUGUCGAGCAGAUGCUGACCACGGGUGGAGGCUGGCAAGAUCAGGUUGGUGCGAUUCUGGGUGGUGCAAAGCUGACGCGCAGCAAAGCCUCGCUGCCACUGAGAGUCUUGCCGGAGCAGUUACCACUGCAGCCAUCAUUUUCAGAAGCCUUCGAGUCGCGCCUCUUGUUGAUAUUCACUGGCCGACCGCGUUUGGCAAAGCAUUUGCUACAGAAUGUAAUCCGUCGAUGGUUCAGCCGCGUACCGGAGAUCUGUGAGACCGUCAAAGGUCUGGUCGAGAACGCUUAUGACUGCGCAGAGGCCAUUCGAGGGGGCGAUGUCGAAGAGGUUGGCCGGUGUCUGUCCCGGUAUUGGGCCCAGAAACAAGUGAUGGCUGCGGGCUGCCAGCCACGGCCGGUGGGGCAGCUGCGGAAAAUCCUCGAGGCUGACCUACUAGGCUUCUCCUUAGCUGGUGCUGGGGGCGGUGGCUUCGGAACGCUGUUGAUGCGCACGCCUUCGGCCAAAGAGAGGGUACAGCAGGCGCUGGCCCAGUGUCCGGGCUUGGAGGACGCCUAUGUCUGCGAAGCAACAAUUGACCACGUGGGCAUGGAGUUGGUCGGCAGUUUGGCCUUGGAUUCUGUUUUCGAGACCACCUCGCUGCUGCCGGAUGCCGCGUUAGCAGAUGUUGUUGGCGCUCUGGGCCGCAACUUAAGGACCGCGGACACAGAGGAGGGGACUCUAAUUCUUCACCGCAUGGUCGACCUCUGCAAUUUCAACUUGGCGCGGCUCUUCCUGGUGUGGGACUCCAUUCUCAGCACAAUCACGGAGGUCUGCACAGCAGAAGAGAAGACGGAGCUCCGCGGCCAAGCUGCGACUACCCUCUGCUUGAUACUUGGACAGGCUCUGAGGAAAGGCGCCCUGGCUUUGGCAGACCAUCCGGAGGAAGCUCAAGAUAAACUGCUCCGCCACCUGGAGGUUCUCCUUCGCAGCCCGCAUGACGACGCAAGGGCCAGGAUAUGUGAGGGUCUCUUGAGUAUCCUCCAGACCUCUGGGCAGGAGCUCCACAAGACAGCUUGGGGCACCAUACGGUCAGUAGCCUCCGGAGUGGCAGAGGUAGGUUCGAGGAUGGCUCUCCUUUCCGUUGGAAAUAGCAGUGAAGAGACCGUGCACAUGGGGAUAGAAGGAGGUUGCGACUCUCUGGCAGAGGAAUUCAUCCAGCAAGGUGCCGACAUCAAUGUCAAAACCGCGCAAGGAGAGAAUGCCUUGCAAGUUGCGUGCCAAAGAUGCAUGGCAGAUGCAGGGCAAUCCUUGCUCGAGAAAGGCAUUCAUGCUGACCAUAAAGACAAUCAGGGGAGGACCGCUCUUGAUUCGGCGGCAAAGUAUGGUUGCGCGCCCAUUUCAUCUGCUUUGCUUGACAAUCCAUCCACGAAUGUUCACGAAGCGGACGAUUCGGGCAAGACAGCUCUGUUCCUAGCCAUUGAAGAAAGCGGCCCCGACCAGAAUGGAGCGACACCACUCAUUAUGGCAGCACAAGUUGGGAAGGAUGGCCAGCUGCUAUUACAACAUGGCGCCGACGCUGCUGUCGUGGACAAAGCUGUCAACACAGCCUUGUGGCCUGCGGCCAGUGCAGGCUCCGCCAGGGCUGCAGCUUCGCACCUGGAGUUUGGCAGUGCUGAUUUGGUUAACCAAAAAGGGGAGAAAGUCAAGACGCCCUUGGCUAGCGCAUGUUGGAACACACAUGCCGAAGAUGCACAAGCCUUGGUUGCGCAUGGUGCUGAUCCUGCCAUCAAGGACGACUACGGUCAGGAAGCCUUGAGCUUGGCCACUCAAUUUACCACGCACCUGAACCCUGGACAGAAUCCUGUUCGCACGCCACGAUCCGUCGGCACAGUGCACCAGUGGACAGGAACACAAGAGAAACUCUUGGGAGUCUUGAAGGUCUUGGUCGAUGCGAAAGUCAACUUGAACAUUUGUGACUUCGAAGGCUUCACUCCCUCGUCCGGCGCGAAUCCCAACAUGGCGAGCACGCAGGGCUUUAUCACCCCAUUGGCAUGUUGUGCUUACAACGGUUAUCCAUGUACGGCUGCCUUGCUUUUGCAAAAUCGGGCCAACCGAUAUGCCGAGAGGCAAAACGCCAGCUCAGCUGUGUGGAGAGCCUUCAUGGCAGAGUCAGAUGUAGCGAUGGCCGUUGAUAGCUCGGUGGCGCAAUGUGGCCCGCAGCUCUACUCAGCGUUGGCCUUGGAAGUAUUGAGCGGUUUAGAUCUCGUUGUUCCUCAAACCAAGCUUCUUCGACCAGAGAAGCAGCUAGAGAUCUACCACUAUGCCUCGCAGUUGUAUGAUUUCAGAGAUGCCAUCCUAGCAUUCUGGAAGGAGGAUCUCUCCGAAUCCUCCGAGCUGCCAGACGCUUAUCGCGCAGCGGCCCAGGCGGUCAAGGUUCAGUGGCAAGGCCAAGGUACGUGGCCGUCUUUGGCAGAGUUGAAGGGCAAGAAGGUGUUUGGGCAUGCAUCAGUUAUUAAGUUCUUGGCGCUUCCAAAUCUCCCGGACUCGACCGCUUGCGUCUUCCUUCAACAGCGGCCGCGCGUCGCCAGCGUUUCCUCCCAAGAGACACCUUGGACCUUUGCUGAAGGACAAUUUGUGGACCCUAUUGCCGACUUGGAAGCCAACCGGUCUGCUGUGAUCAUGCACAUGGACAACUUCCUCAAAGGUGCUGUUGUCAUUGCCAACCCGCUGCUGCGGAAUGGCCAGGGCUUAGCCACGGCUUCCGAACAAUUGGCACAUAGCAUUGCGCGAGAGGCAGGGGUCUGGAGGAGGUUGCUGAAGACGGAACAGGACCUCUUCAGCCAAGCUACAGCUCUUCUCAUCCGCCAGGUGCUCAAACUUGGACCUGCAGCGGUGACAGCCACAGUCACCCCCAAGAAGCCGCGCAAGGGUGCAGAUGACAGGACUGACCCUGACGUGACGAUGGAAACACCUGAAAAAGAUCUGCAGCCAGGGAAGGACGCGGCCGUGCGUCCGGAACAGGAGGAACAGCGAGCCUAUGGCAGGCUUCUUGAAUCCAUGCUGCAGGAGCUGGACUACUUCACCGAACCGUUCCAGUCUCUUCGAUGGUUGGACAACAAAAAGCAACUUCUCGUAUACUACCAUGCCGCGCAAUUGAACGAAAGGCAGGACAGUGUGCUGGCCGCAUUGCGCCAAGCUCGUGGUGCACCCUCGCAGCAGGUGGAAGAUCUUCUCGCACCGUACGGACAGGCGGUGGCGCGGGUCACGGAUGAAGUGAACAAGCUGAUCCCCGAGGGGCAAAACCUGCGGAAGAUUUUCGGUCAUGAUCACGUCAUCCGCUACCACACUCUCAAAGGCGUCCCUGUCCCGCGGACCUCUUGCAUUUUCCUGCGUGAACGACCCCAGUGCUCAAGUGAUGUGUUACGGAAAACACCAUCAAUCUUUCGUGAUUUGAUUCGAUACAGAAACCAGGGGAGUCCCCUCAUGGAGCUCGAACACCACCAGCUUGCUCUCGUGCUGACUGUCCACGAUCGAAAUCCGCGUGCUUUCGUGGUCAUCAGCCCCCUCUUCGAGAAGCAUUGGCUCAUUGAAGGCGUCUCUGGAAAAACCUGGAGUGAAAUCCAGGAAGCUCUCAAGGAUGAACUGGCCGACCUCAUCAGAAGAGAAUCUGAUGCUUGGAGAGCUUUCAUCCAAAGCCAUGCCGACAUGGUGAGCAAGGAUUCCUUAAAGAUCAUACAAAGAGUGCUGAAGACCUGUCAGCCGGGAUCUGGCUUCGGUGAAUAUGCGCUCCGGGUGAUGCAGGAUGUCGAUGAAGCAAACCAGGCUCGCGAGUUGGCAGAGAUGAAGUACGCGGAAGCAGAGCAGCGCUGGGACAUGGAGGCACAGCUUGCGCUUGCUGAUGCAGACACUCGAUGGCGCGACGCAAGAAAGAAGGCCGAUCAGCAUGCUGCAACUGUUAAGAAGGCAAAGCUGCGCGCCAGAAGCAAGGCAGCCAAGAUAAAGGAAAAAGCAGCAAAGAGAUUGGAGCAGGAACGCCUGGCAGCUGAGGAGCGCCUGGAGACCCAGAAGGCUGCUCACUGCGAGGAGGUUGCAGAUCUCACGAAGGAGCUGGAAGAAGCCCACGGUGUGAGGAAUCGGAUGGAAAGCCUGGCCUCAGAGCGGAAAGAAGAGGUGCAGUGCCUGCAAGAUGCGAAGCUGGAACUUCUAGAUGCCCUCUCGAAGAUGGAUUCACUCUGCCGUGCCGAAACGCAGAUGCUGCGCACCAAGAAUGUCGUCCUGAAGCAACAUCUCAAGCAAACGAAGAAAGGCCAAAAAGAGACCCUGAGAGCUGCUGAGGCGAAGUUCCUGGAGGUGCAGACGGCCACGAUAGAGGAGCAGCAGAAGCUCAUCAGAGAGGCUGAUGCGCAGGUCUGUACCGCACGCCGAGAAGCAGCUGCAGCUGCUGCAGCCAAGGCAGCAGCAGAGGAAAAGGCUGCGGAAGCCAUGGCACGCGCAGCAUCAGCAACAGCGAAGGCAGACGAGGCAAUGGCGACCGCCCGCCAAGCUACUGCGACUUUGGAAGUGCAGACCGCGACCAUGCAAAGGACCACGCAGAUGAACGCAGCUCUUCGAGUGGAGGCGAAGGAAGCAAAGGCUGAAGUAGCCGCCGCGCUGCAGGAAGCGCAGGCCAAGGCCGAGCAGCAGAAAAAAGUCGCAAAAGAGCUCGAAGCUCGCUCCGAGGAGCUGCGCUCAUCACUCGAAUCGACCGACAAACUGAAGGCCAAGAUCCAAGAGAUGCAAACGAGGGAGGUCGAGUUUGAACAAGCGCUCGUCAAGGCGCAGGUUGGUGCUGACGCACUCAGAUCAGAUUUGCGGAUUGCUCGAGCAGAGACCCACGCCGCGCGAGAUGAGGCAGCCGCCCUCGCCACCAAGUGCACCAAGAUCAGCAUCGAAGCUGCGAAGGUGCCGCAACUCCAAGAAGACCGAAAGCAAUUGGAACAGCAGUUGGCUGAGAUCUCCCAAAUUGCUUCGCGUGCUGAUGCACUACAGCUCGCGGAGAAGCAGCUGCAGAACAAACUCUUGCAAGUGCAAGCGGAGCUGCAGAACAAGAACGAACUGCUUGCACAAGUCCAAGAAUCAAACAUGGCUUUGAGGAUCCGGAUGGCAGAAGCAGACGAGAAGCUCACAGAAGUGCAGGAGCAGCUGGUGGAGAAGCUUCGACCAGCAGCAGCUGCGGAGGAUGCCUUACGAAAAUCGGACGCCCAGAGGGAAGAGGCAGAGGCCAGAGCAAAAGGAGCCGAAGCUGCGGCAAGAGAGGCACAAGCGGUCGUGGCAGAGAUGACCAUCAGAGCAGAGCGGGCUGAGAAGGCCCAGCAUGCACUGGAGAAGACCGAGAUCCAGACAAAGGCUGCACUAGCUGCACAAGCCCGGCAAGCUGCCCAUCUGACCGAGAAGUGUGCGUCCCUCAACUCAGCUUUGUCAUCGGCUGCAGAUCGAGCAGAGCUGGCGACUUCAGCAGCAACUAAGGCACAGCAAGACGUCACCAUGAAGGAGGCAGAGAUCGCCGUCCUGCAGAAGUCUUUGCACGCCGUGCAGGCUUCGAACAAAAGUCUGCGAGCAGAAGCGAUGCAGGCAGAUCACGAUGCGAAAGCGGCGCUGUCUGCGUGCGAUGUCUUAAGGCAGAGCAGCUCCCGUGCGCAAGAGGAGGCCGAGCGAGCCGUAGAUGCUGCGAAAGCAGCAGAGGCAAAGGCCGAAGUACACGCAGCCGACCUUGAGAAGUUUCAGCAGAAGUACCAAGAAGUGGUCGACGAGCUUGCAAAGAUGCAAAAAGCCACGGAAGCCGCGGAGGAAAUGAUUGCCAUGGCAAAAGCCGAAGAGAGGAAGGCCAAGUCACAGCUUGCAGCGCAAGCCUCGGAAGCAAAGCGGCUCUCGUCGCUUUGCGCUGGCCUCCACGCGGACGCCAAGGCGACGGCUGCGAAGGUAUCGUCUAUGGAGCAAAGAGCCCUCACAGCAGAGGCUGAGAAGAAGGUGGCCUUGGCGUCGUCUGAGCUUAGAGAGGACGAUGUGAAGCGAAUCGCUGCCGGUCCCAGCGACCCGAGCUUUCCCGACGAAGACAGGUUGGUCGCAGAGUUGGAGGCACUGCUUGAACAGUCUUCGGAUGAUCAUCGAGAGGCCACAGAUGUUGCAGAG